UUGUCAACAAAACAAAUCACCACCUGAGCUUAAGUUUCAUGCCUUUUACAAACCCCCACUUCAGAUCUUCUUCCUCUUAUCGAUAACAUAUUUCCCUUUCGGCUCCUUAACAUCAGCUGCUUGGUUUUUUUCACUUCAUUGAAGAGUCUUGCAGUACACAUUACAGAAGAGCUAAUUUCAGGAGAGUGAAGAAUCUAAGUUUUAAAGAUGAAUGAUCUAAUGACAAAGUCUUUCACGAGCUAUGUUGACCUCAAGAAGGAGGCCAUGAAAGAUCUCGAAGCUGGUCCUGACUUUGAUGUGGAAAUGGCAUCCUCAGCAAACACUAUGGACCAAAACCUCAACCUUUUCCUGGAAGAAGCUGAGAAUGUGAAGAAGGAAAUGGGGGAAAUCCGGGAAAUUUUGGACAGACUCCAAGAAGCCAAUGAGCAAAGCAAGUCCUUGCACAAGUCUGAGGCUCUUAAGUCUUUGCGCAAUGAAAUCAACAAAGAUAUUGUCACAGUGCUCAAAAGGGCCAAAACAAUCAGGUCUCAUCUUGAAGACAUGGACCGCGCCAACGCUGCUAACAAGCGCCUCUCAGGCUGCAAAGAAGGAACCCCACUUUACAGGACUAGGAUUGCGGUUACUAAUGGCUUGCGGAAGAAGUUGAAGGAGCUAAUGAUGGACUUUCAAGGGCUGAGGCAGAAAACGAUGACUGAAUACAAAGAGACAGUUGGGAGAAGGUACUUUACUGUGACUGGAGAGUACCCAAAUGAGGAUGUUAUAGAGAAAAUAAUUUCUGAUGGUAGUAAUGGCGGCGAGGAGUUUUUGACACGCGCAAUACAAGAGCAUGGGAGGGGUAAGGUGUUGGAGACCGUGGUGGAGAUUCAAGACAGGCAUGACGCGGCGAAAGAGAUUGAGAAGAGUUUGUUGGAGCUGCACCAAAUCUUCUUGGACAUGGCUGUAAUGGUGGAGGCACAGGGUGAGCAGAUGGAUGAUAUUCAGCACCAUGUGAUGAAUGCUUCACAUUAUGUCAAGGAUGGUACCAAAGAGCUCAAGACUGCAAAGAACUACCAGAAGAGCAGCAGAAAGUGGAUGUGUGUGGGUGUGAUUCUUCUGUUGUUGAUCAUUCUAUUGAUUAUCAUCCCUGUUGCCACUAGCUUUAGCAGUUCUUGAAUUUUAAGGCUCUAUAGAGGAUUUAAUGCCCUGUUAAAAAUGUAUGGUUUGGGUGUAAGUAAGAAGCCUCAAAGUCUGUAUGCUGGGACUGGGUUGUCUUAGACUUAAUAUUUU